UCCGGUUUCUGUCGCAGCGUAGUCUUCCUGUCUGAGUUGAGCAGCCUGUGUUACCCGAAUUAACCCGAAUUAGAAAUUGAGGUAGUUGAAAAGAGGUAGUGUUCGCCUCAAAAAGGUUACUGCCCACUCCUAAAAACAACAGUCUUUAUUGACACUAGCCCACCGAGAGGGAUUGCCAAGUCCCGCGAUGAGCAGUUCUGAAGAAGUUUCGUGGAUCUCCUGGUUCUGUGGACUCAGAGGAAACGAAUUCUUUUGUGAGGUGGAUGAGGACUAUAUCCAGGACAAGUUUAACCUCACAGGACUCAAUGAACAGGUGCCACACUACCGACAGGCCUUGGACAUGAUCUUGGACCUGGAGCCAGAUGAGGAGCUGGAGGAUAACCCUAAUCAGAGUGACCUGAUAGAGCAGGCGGCGGAGAUGCUGUAUGGUCUGAUCCACGCCCGCUACAUCCUCACCAACCGCGGGAUCGCACAGAUGUUGGAGAAGUACCAGCAAGGAGAUUUUGGCUACUGUCCUAGAGUUUACUGUGAGAACCAGCCCAUGUUACCUAUUGGGUUGUCGGACAUCCCGGGAGAGGCCAUGGUGAAGCUCUACUGCCCAAAGUGCAUGGACGUGUACACCCCCAAAUCCUCCCGGCACCACCACACGGACGGGGCCUAUUUCGGGACGGGGUUCCCCCACAUGCUGUUCAUGGUGCACCCCGAGUACCGGCCCAAGAGGCCCGCCAACCAGUUUGUGCCCAGGCUGUACGGGUUUAAGAUCCAUCCCAUGGCCUAUCAGCUUCAGCUGCAGGCAGCUUCCAGCUUCAAGAGCCCCGUCAAAGCCAUCCGCUGAAGCUCGGGGGGGCGGGGGGGGCGGGGGGGGCGGGGGCACUGGCGGGGUGUUCCAGCGCUGCUAAAAAACUGGUGUUAUGAUCCCAUGACAGCCACACACACACACACUCACUCACACACGCAUACACACACACACACACUCACUCACACACGCAUACACACACACACACACUCGCUCACACACGCAUACACACACACACACACACACUCAUGCAUACACAGACACACACACAGACACACACACGUUUAAGCUGUUGGUGAAGUGAGUAUUCCGUGUUUCUUCAUCGUUAAGCGAUUCCCUUCCUCUUCCUCCUCUCAGCGUACUUGGAGAACGAACUUUGAUUUGAUUUCAGUCUCUCUGAAAUUGUUCAGUAGGAGUACAUUUAGGAAUUAGGAAUUAAAUUAUUCUUUGUUUUUUUUUUCUUCUUCUUAGCAACUACGAAUACAUUGAGACCUCACAAUCAAAGAGUAAUUUUGUUUUUUUUUUGUAAAAAAAGAAAGAAAAAUGAAUAUU